ACAAAGAGGCCUCAGUUCUAGUUUAGCUGGGGUGGUGUCACUGUUGUUGUAGUUGUUGCUGCCGCUGUGAGAGGAGACAGUUACUUUAUACACCUGACGUAGUGUGCUGUGUCAGUGAAGGAAGGCUAGUACUCAGCAGUAAGCACGUCCUACUUACAGAUAUUCUCUACUAAUUCCCUCUACAUUCCCAUCUUAGAAAUUGUCUAAGGAAAAGAGACAGCGUAUAGUGAAGUGAUGGUACGUGUAGUUGGUUUGUUGCCUGUGGUGGUGGUGGUAGGGUGGUGGUGCUCGGGUGACGGGGCGGAUGCUCAGGACAACCAAGUAGACGAACUCCCCACCGCUACCGAGUCCGAGAUGCGAGCUGCUGUGGUGAUUAAUCAAAUGGUGAUCGAGAAUAUGGGUCAGCUGCUGAUGAACCUAAUUAACGAAUCCCAACUCCAACCUCCUCAUUGCCACCCUGGACAAGACGCAGAGUUUGGAGGGAGUGUGCAAGUGGCCGCCCUAGCACAAGCCAUGACACAAACUUUCAUGAAGCUGCAGGAGGUCACUGAUCUCAUGACCCAAACAUUCACCAUACUUCGUGGUGAGACUGAGGCGCUCUUCAGGAGGCAACCCCCCCAAUCAGGAAGGGCAUAUAUCAAUACAGCUGUACAGCAAGACGGUUUUGGUGCUAUGCAAGAGUGUCCGGUGCCCUUCUUCCGACUCAACUCUGAGUGCUUCUAUGUGCAUGCGUGGUUCGACCUUGGCUGGAUGGCCGCCACAAAUUUCUGCCAGCGGCUGGGUGGUGACCUGGCCGAGCCCGAAAACAUCGAAGUGCUGGUGGCUGCGCUACACCAGCGACAAGAAAAAAAACAUCACACAGGCGUACUGAAGUUACAUGUCUCCUCUCCUAUCUGAAAUUUAGCCUGGGAAAAGUUCCCAGUGUGUGGUUGGAUAUUGCUUGCUUUAUAUUUCUUAAUGGUGAGGACCAUUGACGGUUAUUUAAUGAUUUAAGAUGAAACAUUCUCUAGACAAUCACACACUUGCCUCGGCCAUUUGUGAACUCUUUUUCAUAUUCCACACCCAUAUCCAUACCAUAACAAGCGUUCAGUAGACCUACGUUCCCACCACGCUGUUGCGUCUUCAGGACUUGGAUGCCGGGGAGGUAGAGGGAUGGUAUACAGGUGCAAUUGUGGCGAAAUUAAUUUAAAGGAAAAUGAAAGGUGACAAUUCACAUAACAUGUUUAUGAUCAUAAAAUUUUCCUUUUCGAAGUUACAGCAUCAUACAACUGCUUUACUCUUUUGUUGUGAUGAUUACUGGCAAACUUGUCCAAUACUCAAUAAGGUCCAAUUUUUAGCCAAGUCACUUUCCACAUGUAGAAUGACCAGAGCAAAAAAGAAAAUUAAUUAAAUAACUGGACGUUAAAGAAACAAAAUUCAAAAUGCUGGAUAUAUUUAAAAAGAGCCAGGGAAGGAAAAUAUUAAGAAAGGCAGUCAAUAGAAGACUCUAUGAUGUAAAUUAAAGAAUCCUCUGGGUAAUUUUACAUAUAACUGUAAACAUCAAUGAAAAUUAAAUUCUUAAUCCAA